AGUUGCGCAUCUCGCCCGUCACUUGUUUCGAAACCACAACAAGACUCACGCAGCGAUUCAACAAAUUUCAACUUUUCUUCAAUAAUGGAGUCUUUAGGAGCAGGAAGAAUGUCUUCAUCGCAACGAGAGGAUCUCAUGGACCAAGUUAAGCAACAGAUAGUUAUUGCCAACACACAAGAACUGCUGACGAAAAUGGGAGAGAAAUGCUUCACCAAAUGUAUUCCAAAACCGGGAUCCUCCUUAGAUAGCUCAGAACAGAAAUGUUUAGCAAUGUGUAUGGAUCGUUAUAUGGAUGCGUGGAAUCUUGUAUCAAGAACAUACACCAGUCGUCUACAGAGAGAGAAGAAUUUCCAAUAAAGAACAGUCUUAUUGUUUUGUUUCUGUUUUUAUAGAUAAAGAGCAACAUGUAACAGUGUUGGCAGAAUGUACAUUUCAUCCUCAGAAGGACAUAUUGGGAAUAUAAGAAGACUUGAAUCUGUUAACCUUGGGAAUAAUUAAAGAAUGUAUAAAAGACUCCAGUCCUUGUUUGUAAUGUUAGCUUGGAAAAUGCAUGUGAGUUCCAGGUAUUAUAACAUCUGUUCAAUUUCUUGAAAAGUAUAACUGCUUUGUUAUAAAAAAAUACAUUAGUCAUUAAGGUAUUUUUUGUAUAUAUAUAUAUAAAAACCCUGCUGCUAGGAAAAUAUUAACAAAGUUUCAGAUAUAUCUACAAUUGAUUGUUUAUACAAUAAAUACUAGGAAUCGAUUUGAAUCUUAUCAGUAACCUAUGAACUUAUAAUUUGUGUGGUGCUUCUAGUUUUUGCUUAUUCUAAAUCGCAUAAUUUAACAAUGUCUGUCAUCUUUCAUUUGCCAAAUACAUUUUUUUAUAAAUGAUCAUGAACACUCUGUACUAUAAGUGACAACCUCAAACCAAUGAGCACUGUUUGAGGGCUUUAUACAUCAUACAUAUUAAGUUAUACAUAAGAAA